GAGCCUCGGGGCAUUGCGACCUUUACAUCGGUCUCGAUGGGGCCUCAUUCAAGUUGGGCCGUUCUGAGCACAUGCUUUGGGAGCUCAGGGCUCAGCAAGGAUUGAAGCAGGUUGAUGCGAUCGAGAAUGUGAAACUUCCAGUGCUCCCAUACGCAGCUAGGAGGGCGAAGAUGAUGGAUUGGCCUGAGAUAGCUGAUGAUAUGAAGAGGAAGUCAUUGCACCUUGUUAGGAUCAUGGUGGAGUCUGAUUUCCACGCCACGAAGCUCGGGACCAUGCUUUACGAGCUUAGCGGGAGCCUCGACAAGGAACCUCAGAUCCAAAGGACCAUCGAGCUCACCUUUGCCAAGAAGGCCGCUGCUACCCUGCAUAAAAGGACUCUGGCAUUUUGGAAGAUGUUCGUGUUCCACGUGGAUCGGGGCCACAAGUCGGGGCUGCAUAUGAGCGAAUCCAGCAUCUUCUUGUACUUUGAGUCGCUGCAGGGUGGGUCUGCAACUGCUCCUCAAAGUGCCCUUGACUCGAUAUUCUUCAUGCACACCCUCCUGGGCAUUAAGGCGCCGAUAGAGGACCUGGUGUCGCAUCGCAUCCGGGGAUUGGUCCACGAGGCUGCCAUAACGAAGAGACCCUUAAAGCAAGCGAGGGGGCUCACGGCGGAGGAAGUGCGAUUUCUUGAGAAGCUUGUGGCGAAAAGCCCAGACACGGCCGUUGUGUGCAUUGCAGGGUUCUUCCUCUACGCACUCACCAAUAGCGCAAGGUGGGGUGAUGCCCAGGCAUCCACCUUGCCAACCAUCGAUGUCUCGGGGUCGCGGCCGGUCCUGAGUUCUGGGACGCUUCGGCACAAGUUGGCCAGCACAGCUGAGAGGAAGACCACCUUGCUUCCUUUUGUGGGGUUUGGUCAACUGAUCACAGGAACUGCCUGGGCACCGAAGUGGCUUGACGCCAUGAAGAGGGCACGCCUGCCUAGGACUGGUGUGGACUACAUGCUGCCCUCGUGGAAUGAAUCUUCCAGCCAAUUCAUCCGGAGGCGGAUGACGAGCGGGGAGGCCACUCUCCACUUGCGCGAGAUCCUUAGUCAGAUGGAGCAUCCGCCGCUGCAACCUUUGCCAUCGUCGCAUAGCUUGAAGGUGACGCUGCUGGCUUGGAUGUGUAAGUCAGGGCUCUUUUCCUUGUCCGAGAGACAGAUCAUUGGGCAUCACCUUGAUCGGCCAAGCACCAGCGCACUUACCUACGGGAGGGCUAACUUCGUGGGCCCUUUGGGGAAGGUGGCGGGCAUGCUUACAAAGAUCCAGGAUGGGUCUUUCAGGCCGGAUGCUUCUGCGGCUGAUCUGAUUGAGCAGCAGCUUCAUCAGGAAGAGGUGGCAUCGGACGAGUUGGAAAGGAAGCUGCAUGGUGCUCCCUGUGCCUGCGAGGACAGUGCCUCAGAUGACAUGGGGCAUGAUGAUGCGGAUCAGGCGGUGUCUGCAACGGUGCCGGCGGCUGAACGCCGCAUGGUGGAGGCUCCUGACCCUGAUCAGUAUUUGGUCCACUUGUCCUCGGGCACGCUUCAUGCAUUGGACCCGGAUUCUGAUAGUCUCAUGUCCGUGGACUCGCAGGCGGCCUUCAGGGCGGAGGCGAUUCGCCUCGGGGUGUCUGAGGCGCAUGCCGACUUGCUCAUCACGAAGGGCAUCCGCACGCACUCGCUGUUCGCCUUCAUCUCCAGCUACCAGCCGGGUGCCAGUGACGAGAAGCCGUUCGUGGAUGCCUUGGUUGCCAAGCUUGGUGAGGAGGCUAAGGAUUCGUUACCGGCCUUCCGGCACUUGUUCUACACAAGCCACACGCUCGCGGUCCAGGAGCUCAAGGACAAGCUUGAACCUCGCGAAGAAGCCAAACGCCUCUCUAUGGCAGACAGAGUGGAUCGCCUAGAGCGGCUCAAGAAGGCGCUGGUGGGAUUCACGAUUGACACGUGGUUGGAGCCUAGCCACUCCUUGGUGGACAAGGCCGUUGGCUUUGCGGAGGAGGGGUGUCUGGGACCUUUGGAGCUUUCCCGCUGCACGUCGCGGGAGGCGGAAAUGAGGUCAGAAAAACGUGACCCGGAAACCUUCCGCUUGGAAAAGCUGAACAUCAAGGUCACGAAGCCCCCCACGACCUUGACAGCUGACACGUCCAGUGAUCUACAUGUUCGGACUUGUAUGCAGCGUCGUGCUCUGGCAUUCCACAUGGCCGGCAUUGCUACGUUCGUGGCGCUCGAUAAGAUCAUCUCUCGCUUCUUCGGCUACAUGAUGCGCCCAGUGUACCCAGGACAGCAGCCGGUGACCCUGAGCCAGGUCGUGGACGCCGACAGAACGCUUUGGGUCUUGGUUGCGCAAGAGACUCGGGGCAAGGUCCUGACAUCCGGGACCCCAUUGCCGAUUGAUGCCGCUGUGGACGCCUUCAAGGACGCUCCAGACGUUGCUUUUGCCUUGAUGCCCCGCACUAAGGGGUCAGUGCCUCCGCCUCCGAAGCCGUCUCCGACCGCUGGAGCUGAGGCGAUGAGCCGUGCCAAGCGCCGCAGGCUUCAGAAGGCGGCCAAGUCCAAGCCGAUCGCGGAUUCAGCACAGCCCAGCAAGCCGUCGGCAGGAGGUUCGAAGGGAGGCGGCAAGGGCAUUGAUAUCCCACCGGGGGCGAAGACUCGCGAUGACCAGGGCAGGCCAAUCUGCUUCCGUUACAAUCGCAAGGCUUGUGACCAAUCCAAAGAGAAGUGCCAGCGCGGCUAUCACGUGUGUUGGUUCUGCCUGAAGAACCACGCCAUAGCUUUUGGACCGGAAAAGUUUUCCGCAGUGGGGCAUUCUCCCACCGACCUUCACUGCGCCGAAGCUCUUGCAAGUUCUUUCAGCUCUCCGCCUACGGCGAAGCAGCUCCUUUCACUUUUGGAUGUGCUGCCACCUGAAGUACCUGCCCGCGGACGACCGGGCGAUUUCUCGUGGACCACGGGAUCGUGGUCGAAAGAUGGUUGCUACGGCCUUCGCCGCCACAGCCACAUGUUUCCGACGGUUACCUCUGCCCUGACGGCGUAUGUCCGAAGCAUUGCUCCCGAGCAUACCUUUACAGCGGUGGCACUUUUUGCAGAUCUCCAAACAGCGCCCCAUCGUGAUGUGAACAAUGCCGUGGGGGCUCCUAACCUCUUGCUGCCGCUUACUGAGUUCCAGGAGGGUCAGGUCUGGCAACAUCACGAAACGGGGCCUUCCUGGCAAUGGGUCGAAGGUCUCCAUCUUCCCGGUGUGCUUUUGGAUGUUUCCAGAGGCCCUUGUUACUUGGACUCCCAGGCCUUGCACUUCACACUUCCAUGGCGAGGCAAAAGGGUUCUCGUGGUGGCUUUCACGCCUCGCUGCAACGACCAAAACUUCGACUUUGCACAGCUUGUGGCGCUAGGCUUCAAUGUGGGUCAGGCGGGCCCGUCCCCGCCUCAACCUUUACGACAACAUCUCGAGCUCUUGGGCUUCAAAAUCCAGUUGCCACCGUGUGACCUACAUGCAGUCAGCUUCUCCUGCGAAGCUUCCGAGGCCUUAGCAGUCGAGGCCUUUUGUGGUCGUGGGCGCUUGUCCGUGGCACUUCGUGAUCAAGGCCUCAGUGUUCUUCCAGUUGAUCACCGCGUUCGCUGCACUGAUCUACAAGUUCUUCGCCUUGACCUUCAGGAUGAUCAUGAUGCUUCCAUCUUCUUGGAGAUGCUCUCCACGGCUAAUGUUUGCUUGGCUCACUUCGGGCCGCCUUGCGGCACCUCAAGCAAGGCCCGCGAGCUACCGUUGCCUCCGGAGCUUUCGCAUCUGCAGUCUUCCCCGCUACGAUCCUUGGCAUCCCCCUUUGGUCUGGAUGGACUUCGGCCGUCGCAAGCAGCUCGAGUCCAUUCGGCCAACAAGCUCUAUGUGCUCACCUUGGUCUCGAUCUGGAUCCUGCAUGUACGCGGCGCACUGGUCAGCUGCGAGAAUCCUUCGUCUUCUUUGUUCUGGCGGGUGGCCGAUCUCCUGGCACAAGAUCUGCCGGACCCUGCGGCUUGGCAGGUGUUGGAGGAUGUUGCAUUCCAUGCUUGCAUGUGGGGCUCUACUCGCAAAAAGCGUACCACCUUUCGCGCAACUCCGGGCCUCUGCAGCGGCUUGCGGCGCGAUUGCGAUGGUUCUCAUGAACAUUUGUCGUGGACACCGACUGCAACACCUUCCGGUGUUGUCUUCCCGACAUCAGGCGAAGCCGAGUACACCAAGGAGCUGGCGGCUGCGUAUGCCGCCUUUUCUCUCCGUGCUCUUCAACUUCGAGGACUCCGCACAGAACGCUCUCAUGUGGGCCCCGGAGUCCUUCGGCCUCGGGAUCUGCGUUCCUUCACUCGUAAGAGGGUGCCACCGCUUCUUGCAGAGUAUUGGCUUGUGGCUCCCCGCGACUGCGUACCACCAGAAUGGCCUCAACGACCCCUUCCAAAGCAUGUCCUUUUUCCGAAAACGGGGGACGAGGUCAUCACAGUAUCUUCGGUCGCUGAAGUUCGGGCUUUGGAAGCGACUAAUGCUGUCAAACCGUCAACAUUGGUGGCUCUUAAGGCAGUGGCGGCGACUGGCGCCGAACCAAUGGUUGGGGUGCUUCGACGACCCCAACAAACCGUGCUGGCUACCAGGUGCUUGUCCCACCCGCUUGAGCUGAAUCUUCCUUUGCCGGACAUCCUUGUGAAGGCCGUCGUGAACGUCCUCAGAGUAGGACCUCGGGGCAUUGCUUUCCAUCGUGCUACGGUCUUGCAGAAGCUGCUGGUCAGGGCGGAGGCGCUCAAAGAUCGUGAACGCGAGCUACAUUGUGGCUUGCAUCCGGAUCUUCGUAAAGUUCUUGCGGGGAAAAACACCUUAUUAUGGGAGCAGCUUCUGAGGGAGUCUCACUUUCCCGAUCUGGGCCUUGUCGAUGAGGUGAGGGGAGGCUUUGAACUCGUGGGUCCGGCGAACUGCUCUGGAGCCUUCCCCAUGGCUUACAAGCCGCCGCAGCAGUCAGUGGAGAAGCUCAUGCAGCAAGCCGUGUGGCGCCGGAAGAACACCAUCUCCAAGUGCAAGCCGACUGGCGAUACGGCUGCAGACGACGAGCUGUGGUCGCAAACUCUUGGUGAGGUCGAGCAGGGCUGGAUCGAUGGUCCUUAUUGGGCUGAGAGCGAAGUCAGUGAGAGGCUCGGCAGCGCCGAGUGGAUGUGCACCAGGAGAUUCCCCAUCGUCCAGGGGCCGAAGGUUCGCAUCAUAGAUGACUGCCUUCAGAGCGGUCUGAACUCGGCUUAUGCGGCAUACAACAAGCUCAGGUUGAUGGACGCUGAUGCGUUUAUCUCCCUGGUUCUCUUGCUUAUCCGAUGCUCGCACCAGCCCGGCAGCAUGAUUCAGCUCGAUUCAGGGGAACAACUUGUGGUGAAGAGACACCCCGAAUGGGGCGACGGCCUGGAUCUUCUCGGCAAGACUUUGGAUCUCUCCGCAGCUUACAAACAACUGGGCUGCCGGCCCGAUACAAAGUUUAAUCGAGUGUUAGUCGCUUGGAGUCCAGAACGCCGUGCGCCGGCGUUCUUUGUGUCUACCGCCCUGAUGUUUGGAGCGUCAUCGGCAGUCUUUUCCUUUAACCGCUGCUCGGCAUCCCUGUGGCAUCUGGCAGUGACGAUGGGUUCAGUCUGCUGCACUGUGUACUUCGAUGACUUUCCUUGUGCGGAACCAUCGGCCUCGUCGGGCUCAGCGCAGGACUUCAUGGUGGGGCUUCUGUCCACUUGCUUGGGGUGGAACGUCGCUCUGCAACCUAAGAAAAACCAGCCCUUCUCUCAGACCUUCACCUUGCUGGGCAUUGAGCUUUCAUUGAAGACGGCGGACCAGGGCAUCCUGAAGGUGCGCAACAAGCCGGACCGAGUCUUGGAGCUGCGUGCUGAACUUGACCGGCUUUUGUCACAGGGCUACAUGAAGAGGUCUGAGGUGGCGGCCAACGGCUGGGAUGAUGCCCUGGCCGACGAUUUCAAACUUGUGAUUGGCUACAUCGCAGCUUGCUUCGCUACGGACUCCCCGAGGGUGAUACAUGCUCUUGAUUCGCGGUAUGCCAUCAAGCUCUUUACAGAUGGCGCAUGGGACAACAAAAUCGCUGGUGCGGGGGCUGUUCUCCAGUACGCCUUGGACCAGGGACCGAAAGUGGCGGAGGUGGUCGUUCCAGAAUGCCUUAUCGAGCACUGGGGCAGGCAUGGCGGCACUCAGCUCAUCUCGCAGCUGGAGCUCUUUCCCGUGUUGGUGUCACUGGUCAGCUGGGGCCCCCAGUUGGCGGGCAGGCGCAUCCUGGCUUUCAUCGACAACAACGGCGUGCGCGACUCCUUGAUCAAGGGCUCUUCUCCGCUUCCCGACCACUUCGUCAUGCUUUCGAUGAUUGCCUGGGUGGCUCGGCGGUAUCACUUCACGCUGUGGUUCACUCGUGUGGCAUCAGAAUCUAACCCUGCAGACAAGCCGUCUAGAUCGCGAGCGCGGGAGGCUGCUGAAGAGCUCGGUGGAUCCCUUGAGCUUCCCUUGACCUUGGAUGACAUUCUUGUGAAAGGAUUGCUCAGCAAGCGGUCCUUCAUGGAUAUGUGCCAGGGGUCAAUGCCGUUCGGUGAUGGGGAAAAUAUGGGAGAGAGACUGUGGCAGUGA